AUGGCCCGCACGAAGCAGACGGCGAGGAAGUCCACCGGCGGCAAGGCGCCGAGGAAGCAGCUGGCGACGAAGGCGGCGCGUAAGUCUGCCCCGGCGACCGGCGGAGUGAAGAAGCCCCACCGCUUCCGCCCCGGUACCGUUGCGCUCCGUGAGAUCCGCAAGUACCAGAAGAGCACGGAGCUGCUGAUCCGCAAGCUUCCCUUCCAGCGCCUGGUGCGUGAGAUCGCCCAGGACUUCAAGACCGACCUCCGCUUCCAGAGCACCGCCGUCGCCGCGCUGCAGGAGGCGGCCGAGUCCUACCUCGUCGGGCUCUUCGAGGACACCAACCUCUGCGCCAUCCACGCCAAGCGCGUCACCAUCAUGCCCAAGGACAUCCAGCUCGCCCGCCGCAUCCGUGGGGAGAGGGCCUAG